AUGGUUUGCUGGGAUAUAAACGAGAGCCGGAUGUCUGCCACUGAAAAGAAACAAAUGAAAAAAUUGGGUUCAAAGAGGUCGGGGAAACCAACAAUUUUCUCCAAGAUUGUUAACAAGUCUAUCCCGGCAGAUAUCAUAUAUGAAGAUGAACUGAAUUAUAUUUUCUCUGAUGGAAACUUCCUUUUUCAGCUUUUAAGACACCUUUUACUUACUGCCAAGAAAGUUGCAGAGCAGGAAAAUCUAUCAAAUGGAUACAGACUAGUAAUUAACGAUGGACCAGAUGGUGCCCAGUCAGUACAUCAUCUUCACAUACAUGUUAUGGGAGGCAGACAGAUGAACUGGCCACCCGGAUGAUAUCUUUAAAUGUGGAAAUAUAAAACAUGUUAA